AUGGGUCGAAAAGGGCAGGAGCUUGGGACGGAGGCGAAAAAUAUCAUUAUAGAUUUGAUACAGAGUGGUCUUUCCCGUCACAAGGUCAGUGAGAUGUUGAAAAUUCCAAAGUCAACAGUUAUCGAUAUCGCAAGAAAGUUUUUUGCCACAGGGUCAGUGGAAAACAAACCAAGAAGUGGGCGGCCGGCGAAAAUGAAAGAAAGGGAUUACCGUGGUUUAGAAAGGCUUGUGAAAACGCAUCGUCGGGAGUCUUUAAGUGAUAUUACAUCAAAAUUUAAUGAAGGCAGGACUGAAAAUGAAACUGUAAGUAAGCGGACUAUUCAGCGUCAUUUGCAUAAUCAUGAAUAUAGAAGGUGUGUAAGUAAAAAGAAACUUGUUGUGAAGGAGGUUAACCGACGAAAGAGACUGGCAUGGUGCCGAGAGAAAAGGCGGUGGACAGUUCAGAAUAACUGGAAUAAAGUGAUAUUCUCAGACGAGAGCAAGAUAAUGAUUGGUCACGACCAGCGGGUUCAUAUUUGGCGCAAGAGAAACGAAGGUUGGCGACCCGAUCUUGUGCAACCCCGGACAUCGCAACCCAGGUAUGAAGUAAUGAUAUGGGGGUGUAUCUCUUGGAAUGGUGUUGGGACAAUUACACCGGUGAAAGAAUGUGAUAGAUGUCAGAGAUCUGCCAAUGCUGCUCCAUCAACAGCCCCUCCUCUACAAGUCAUACCAGUGGCAACAGAUGUGUGGAACAAAAUUGGUAUGGAUGUGGUCAACUUUAAAGAGUCUGUAGAUGGUUAUAAACAUGUUAUUACUAUUACAGAUUACUUUUCAAAGGCUGAAGCUGUGCGAGACAAAACUGCCAACACCAUAGCUGCCUUCCUUAUCAAGACCAUUCUGCGUCAUGGUGCCCCUCGCAUACUGAUGACUGACAAUGGCUCCAAAUUCAAAAACCAAAGACUUCAAGAGCUCACCAGUUCCUAUGGAAUCAACCACAUUUUUACAACGCCAUAUCAUCCUCAAGCCAAUGGCCUUGAUGAGAGGACCAACCAGACGCUGAAGCAGAGUCUUUGGAAAGUAGUCCAUGACCACGAAGACGACUGGCCGAAGUACCUUGACCAUGUGGUUUCAGCAAUCAACAUGACAAGGCAGUCCUCCACCGGCUACUCUCCAAUUUAUCUAAAGGGGCUACGAACACCGAGGAUGGGCUUCAAAACCAACUUGAGCCCUGUACAGACGUAA